AUGACAAUCACACAGGAGAUUGUGAUGUCAGUAGUUUUGAAAGGAUCUUUUGCCAAGAAUGAUAGUGUGGCACCACCAAGAUCCUUUCCCAUUUCUAGAAGUGGAGAAUAUGAGAAAAUUUCAUGGGAAGACAUUGAUGCCGAAAAUGACUUGGACCUUGGAUCUGGAGCUGACAAUCAAAGCAGAACACGAAUACUCUCCACAUACCACAUGUCUAAAGACACCGAGCAGUACCUGACUAGUGGGUGGCUAACUGUUUUUGUGCCAUCGGUCUACACUCUGGUUGUCAUUGUGAGCCUUCCUUUAAAUGUCAUGGCGAUUCUUGUGUUCCUGAUAAAAAUGAAGAUGAAAAAGCCAGCUGUAAUAUACAUGCUGAACUUGGCCACUGCAGAUGUACUCUUCACAAGCAUCCUUCCUUUUAAGAUUGUCUAUCAUUUUUCUGGAAACAACUGGGCAUUUGGACCUGAAAUGUGUCGUUUAGUCACCGCUGCCUUCUACUGCAACAUGUACUGCUCCGUACUGCUGGUGAUGGUGAUAAGCAUUGAUCGUUUCAUGGCAGUGGUGUACCCCAUGCAGUCUCUGUCAUGGCGCACCAUGAGGCGUGCCUCUGUGGUGUGUGUCGCCAUUUGGCUUGUAGCCAUUGCUGGGGUGAUACCUCUGCUCAUUACUGAACAAACUCAGGAAAUAUCUCACUUAAAUAUUACAACCUGUUAUGAUGUGUUGAAUGAAAAGGAGCUCAAAGGGUAUUAUCUUGUUUUUUUCACCGUUUUUUCUUCACUCUUCUUUUUUUUGCCACUGAUUGUUUGUUCCAUCUGCUAUAUUUGUAUCAUCCGAUGUCUUGGUUAUUCAGACAUUGCAACAAAGCAGAGUAAGAAAAGGCGGGCUUUGCUCUUGUCCAUAGCGGUUUUCUCUGUUUUUAUAUUGUGCUUUGGUCCAACCAAUGUUCUCUUGUUGGCUCACUACAUGCAUUUUUCUUACAAAACCUACUCGGGAGGCAUCUACUUUGCUUACCUCCUCUGCCUCUGCAUUAGCAGUAUAAACUGCUGCAUCGAUCCAUUGAUCUAUUAUUACGCCUCCUCUGAAUGCCAGCGACACCUUCGCAAUCUCUUGUGCUGCAGAGGAAACUCUGAGCCCUGCAACAGUAGCACCAGCGACCAGCUCAUGACGCGGACCAGUCGAAGGGGCACUUGCAGCAGUACGCUUGGGAACAGUGUCUACAGGAAGCUGUUGACAUAAACCUUUGGGACGUGCAUGCAUUUGGUGCAAUUAUGGACUAUGCAGCUCUGCUUUUAAGAUACUGUACUGAACAAUACUCACCUUUACUUAUUUUUCACAUGAUUAAUAUGUGCUUAAUAGCAUCAUGCCUGUCAGAAUUUAAAAAAUGUGAUGUGUGCAAAAGGAGGGUAAGAGUCUUAGGGAGGGUCUGUGUUGUGUGUGUGGAUCCACUGCAUGCAUGAGGAAACACCUGCAAAGCAUACACACUCACUGUAACCAAAUAUACAUGGCAUUUCCAUGUGGUAUCUCUUUCAGAGAAAAUCAAGCAAUCUAAUGUCUAGUGAAGAGCAAGUUUGGUUUUGUACUACAAGGGACAAGAAUUUAGAGAUACAGGAGAAAAUAAUGUCAGUUUUUACCUGUGCAAGGGGACACACUUAGAUAUACCAUUGGACAGUGGGAUAAAACACAGUUCAGUGAUUAUUAUGACCUUAGUUAUUUUGAAUCAAGCUUAUCACUGCUUGCAUAGCCCAACUGGCAUGAAAAGUACAAGUAUUCAGCUAGCUGGCUUCUAUUUUUGAUCACACUACAGUGUGACAGAACGCGAAAAACUGGCUUUGUUAAAUUAGAGUACAAGUGUAACAUACUGUAUGUGUACUGUACUUAUCCCUCCGGAUUUGUCUUUUGAGGUGAGCAGUAAAAAUAACUCAGAAAUUCAACAGUUCUCUUGGUAGAAUUCAUACAGUCUUUAUAUUUCAUCAGAUAAGAUGCUGAGAAUUCUGUCCUGUUGAUAAUUGCUAAAUUAUUCAGUGGGCAGUAUUACAUUUCAGGAUUUUGUUAAGUCUUAUUUUGUGUUUUGGAGAAUUGUCAUGUUGGUGCAUUGAGAAUGGCAGCCUUUUCCUCUCCUCUAGUUCAUAGGGCCCAAAUUACACAUGUCUCUGUAUUACCUUAGCCCAAGUGGAGGUAUUUUCUGUACAGAAACCAUUUCCUGCUGAAAUUCUGUGAGAAUCCCCUUUCUCCCAUGUGGUGUUCUAUAUCUGUGUGAGAGAUGAACAUAAGAGAGGGUGUAAACUAAUUACAGGGUGGAUUCUUUUAUUGAUUAUAGAGAAAUUUUUGACUUCUAAAUGAGACAACAAAAUUGAUUUUUAAAAACUCAUUGACUUGAAUCCUUAACUUAUGCUUCAUGAACAGAAAGAGGUUUGAUUUAAUAACAAUGAAUUAAAGUCACAGAAGCAGCUCUUAUGUGAGCUCAGCUCACCUGCUGUGAAAGGAAGUUACUUCCAUUAACAGAGCAAAACUUUGCAAUCCAGGCUGAUUCUGAUAUUGGUUAGUGCUAAUAUCUAUUGUUGAAUGUUGCUUUGGAUCAGUGCUCAAGUGGACUGAAUGUACUGAAUUUAUAUUUGCAUUAGCAGUUUACCUUGUGCAGAAUACUGAUAUGCAAGCAUUUGGAGUAUGAGAGAAAAUGAUGAAUAGAUUAUUCCCUUAAUAAAGUGCUGGCAGGAGAAGACGCCAAUAAAUUCUGCCAAGGAAGCGAUUCAUUUCAAGCUCAUUGCAUAGUUAUUGAAUGGCAUGGUAUAGACUUGAGGUAGAACAGAUCAUGAUCCCAAGUCUGCUGCUGCUUCUAGAGAAAGGGAUAAAGCUAAAAGCAUCCUGUUUUAUGACCCAUUUUCUAAAAGCUGUUCUUAGCUCCUAAACCGAGAAAUUACUCCAUGUUUAAACUUUGUUUAAUUUUGUUCUAAAAUACAUUACAGAAGAAAGUUCAGCUGCAUGAGACACUGGAAAUGAGACAAAAAUGAAGCCAUACUUUAUAACUAGUAAGUAAAUUUAAGUAGUAGAAGAUCAAACUAAAUUAAAUAUGGUGUGCACCAUACUACAGUAUAGGCAUUCUUUUAAAUUUCAUUCAUCAGUUGUACUAGAAUUGUAACAGAAAGACAUAUCUGUCCAAUUUUAGGUAUUACAUUUUACCAUAGAAUUUCAUAGUCUUUCUAAUGCUAUAAGACAAUAGUGCUCCUAGGAAAAGUACUUAAGCUUUAAUUUCCUUCUACAGUGGUGCCCUGCAUAGCGGCAUUAAUCCGUUCCAGGAUUAAUGUCGCUAUCCGGAUUCGUCGCUAUG